AAUAACAUUAGACUUUAAUGUAAACAUUUUUAGUUUCAUUAUAUCUUAUUUCGAUAUUUAAUACCUAUUAAAAUAAAUGAAACUAAUGAGCAUCGUAUUUUAACUAAUUGAAUUAAUAAAAUUAAUGUUGUAGAAUUUUUUUACAAUGUAAUACUCCCAAGUACAUAUUGAUAUUAGAAAAAAUGGCAUUCCGUGAAUUGGUAGAAGGUGACUGUGGUGGACCCAGUUCUUUAAUUCGCUUAACGUCACAUUUUGUACGUGAUCAUGGAUUUAAAGAAGAAGGAAUACAUCAUCCUUUUGACCACGUGGAACCUUUUCAAGCUUCAGAUUCAGAUCAGUUAGUUAAACAAUUUUUAGAAGAAAAUCCUUCGUGUCCUCAAACAUUUAGAAUGGAUAAUUUAUUACAAGAAAUGCGUGAAAUUGAUCAAAAUAUUCAUCCACCUAUAGCAGCACCGGGAGUUGCUGAAGAAUUAACCAGUUUAGAUACAGCCUGGGCAAAUCAGUAUCUUCAAUCAGGACGUCAUUUUAAUGAACAUCAUGCUGAUGACAUUUGGCAUCAUGAGGUAGAACAAAACAUUUUAAGUCAUCAAAAACAUGAACUAGGAUUAGGACCAAAAUGGGCUGAAGAAUAUAUAGAACAUAGUAUAGAUGCUAUACAGAAUAACAUAAAUAUAGAACAUCCAACAGAAGCAAUAGAAAACAAUGAUAAUCCUAAUUUUGAAUAUUCAAAAUUUAUGAAAUUUAUGAAACAGGAAGGAGAUGUCUCUAUAGAAAACAAUCAAGAAUCACUGCCAGAUUUUCAUAAUAUGAGUAAAGACUGGACAGAACAAUAUGAAAAAGAUAAUCAAAAGUCCGAAAACAAAAUUUCUACUGAGAAUCAAGAAAUUGAAGUGACAAAUAAGAUAAAAGAAGAAUUAACUGUUACUGAUAAUUGGAUAGAUGAAUUUCAAAAAGAAAGUACUUCUUCAGAAACAGACAAUUAUGAGUCUACAUUUUUAAAACUUCAAAAUGAAUGGGAAAAGAUUUCAUCAUCCGAAGAAUUAUCUUCUAAGCAUCCAUGGCUUUCAGAAUAUGAUACUUUUUAUGAUCCAUUUAAAGAUUAUGACUUUCAUGAAGAGAAUCCUAUGAAAAACUUACCUAAUGCAUUAGAAGAGGGUAAGAAAAGAUUGGAAGCUGGAGAUUUACCAAGUGCUAUACUUUGCUUUGAAGCAGCAGUACAACAAGAUGAAAAUAAUUCAGAAGCUUGGUUACUUCUUGGUAAAACUCAAGCUGAAAAUGAACAAGAUCCGUUAGCUAUUUCUGCUUUGAAGCGUUGUCUAAGUUUGGAUCCUACAAAUGGUGCAGCCCUUAUGGCACUUGCAGUUUCAUACACAAAUGAAUCUUACCAAAAUCAAGCAUGUAUAACUCUUAGAGAGUGGUUAUUAAAAAAUGAAAAAUAUAAGCAUCUUUUAGCAGAAAAGAUUAACAGUCCCGAGCAACAGUCAAAGUCAAAUGUAUCAUCGAUCCUGUUCAAUGAUAUACACAAAGAAGUAAAAAAUCUUUAUAUUCAAGCUGCACGAAUGAAUCCGUGGAACGAAAUAGAUGCAGAUGUACAGUGUGGAUUAGGAGUACUUUUUAAUUUAUCUAACGAAUAUGAUAAAGCUAGUGAUUGCUUCCAAGCAGCGCUGCAAGUACGUCCACAUGAUUCUAGAUUAUGGAAUAGAUUAGGUGCAACUUUAGCUAAUGGUCAAAAAUCAGAGGAAGCUACAAAUGCAUAUCAUCAUGCUUUAAAACUAUCACCUGGAUUUAUUAGAGCUCGUUACAAUCUCGGAAUUUCUUGUAUUAAUCUUGGUGCAUAUAAAGAAGCAGGUGAACAUCUUAUAAUAGCUUUAAACCAACAAGCUUCCGGCCGUGGAAUUCAUGGUGAAAGUUUCUCGCUGAAAGCGAUGUCGAAUACUAUUUGGUCGACUUUGAGACUUGUCAUUUCACUUAUGCACAAACAUCAUUUAAAUGACGCUAUAGAAAAUAGGGAUCUAACAAGGUUGAACAAGGAAUUCGAAAUUGCAUAAAAAGUUGUUGUCUUGUCUUAAAUGUCUAAUAUGUUAAAAUAAAGCGAUUAAAAAUA